UUAAAGCCGAGUUCACAUAAAUUGCAAGCACGACAUCUGUGACAGUUUCAUAAACUAUGAGCUAGGAUGCUCAUAAACGUGGUCCCAUCUAGCAAAUAUAUAUUGCUUUUACUGGUUCUGCUGUUAAUAUAGCAGUUUCCUUUCUGAUUUUAAUCGUGCAGUAGAUAGGACGUUUUCUUUUCAGUGAUCUUGUAAGGAGGUACAAUGACGUCCAAAGUAUCACGUGAUACUCUCUAUGAAUGUGUGAAUGGUGUUAUCCAAAAUUCACAAGACAAAAAAAGGAAAUUCUUAGAAACAGUGGAACUCCAAAUUGGGUUGAAGAAUUAUGAUCCUCAAAAGGACAAACGUUUCUCAGGCACCGUCAAGUUGAAGAAUAUUCCAAGACCAAAGAUGCAAGUUUGUGUUUUGGGAGAUCAGCAACACUGUGAUGAAGCUAAAGCUAAUAAUAUUCCAUAUAUGGAUGCAGAAGCAUUGAAAAAAUUAAAUAAGAACAAAAAGCUUGUGAAGAAACUAGCCAAAAAAUAUGAUGCCUUCUUAGCUAGUGAGUCUUUAAUUAAACAAAUUCCACGUAUUCUUGGUCCUGGUCUGAACAAAGCUGGCAAGUUCCCUGGUCUUCUAUCUCAUCAGGAGUCAAUGGUAGGGAAAAUUGAUGAGGUGAAAGCUACAAUUAAAUUCCAAAUGAAGAAGGUAUUAUGUUUAUCAGUGGCUGUAGGUCACGUGGGAAUGACUCCAGAUGAAUUGGUACAAAAUGUACAUCUUUCAAUUAACUUCUUAGUUUCAUUGUUGAAAAAACACUGGCAAAAUGUACGUUCUCUUCACAUUAAAUCUUCUAUGGGACCACCUCAGAGAUUAUACUAAUUUAAUUAGUAUAAAUACUAUCGAUGUACAAUGAAAAAAUAAAGCAGACAUAACUCAA